AUGCACUGGCCAGGAUGUCUGACGCUGAAAAAAGCGUUAAGUCUCUGGUCACUGAUGAAAACUUGAGGUUGUCUGGCCUUCUGACCCCUCAUCAGGAAAUGAGGGAACCCACGGUGGUUGACGCCACUGCCGAGGGGCAUCCCGAGCAGCGACCCCCAGUGUCCCCUCCUCGAAGGAGACCGACUAGGGUUACGAUCAGGGAACCGACUGGCGCCCCCUCAGCAGAUAGGCAUUCUGCCUCCCAAGGGAAGGGGAAACAAAAGGCAGCAGAGACUGUCGUAGACUUGGAUGAGUCUUCAGACGAAAACGGUACUGUUAUUUCGCUUUUAAAUAGCUUGCCAAUUCCCUGUCACUUAUUUGACGGGGACGGCAAUUUUAUGUAUACUCCAAAUCUAGGGUCAGACUUCUUCGUGCCAGAGAGUGAGUGUAUGACUAGUAGAGUCAGUAGUGUAGCGACAAGUAGUAGUAGCUCGGGUAUUGGACUUUGUGAAUUUCUUUACUUCUUUUCUGAUGUGCCAUAAUUUUUGAUCUAUUUUUGUCUUACUAUCUGCAUGUUUAUCUUUUUCUGCAGAAAUGGCCUCCCCCAACGUUUUCGACUUGUAUAAGACUCAGGAGGAGGAGGAGCAGGUUCCCCUGGUCCGACAGAGGAAAUCGGCCAGGAGACAAGAUGGCGAGUCUAGCCAAGCACCCUCGGCCAAGAAGAGUCGAGCAGCUGAUCCUCCAAAGGAUGGGCCUUCUGGCCAACCUUCUGCUCAACUAUCCGCUCCUCCUGAGAAGGAGACCCCGCCUGCUGCCACAAACCCUUCGCCUGCGGCUCCAAAAGAACAGGCCCAGCAAGUCGAACUUCCUGGGGCCAAACUCUCGAGCCGCUCCCUGCGAUCAGCUUAGGAUCACCUCGCUCAUAUCCUGAAGCAUGACCGUUGCAGGGAGGCAAUGGCUGAGGCUGAAAACAUGGGGGUCGAUCAGAUCCUCAACAGGGCUUUUAAUGAAGUGGCCAGUGCCAUGUUGACAAUGACCGCUGCUCGUACCCGCGCGGGUGCGAGUAUCGAGCAGUCUAGGGCAAAGGUGGUUGAGGAGCUUCAGGCCGCGGAGGCUAGGCAUGCUGGGGAGCUGGAGGUGGUCACCCAGCAGAAGGAUGCCUUGGUGGCAGAGCUGGCAGAAAAGCAAGCUUCCCUGGAAACUACCAGAACGCAGAGGGAUGACUACCAGGAAUCUAGCCGAAUCCAAUGGCGUGAAGUAAAAAAACUUAGGGAGGAGCAUCUUGCUAAGGACACGACCAUUGCUGUUCUUCAGAGCUAGGUGGGGCAGCUUAAGCUUACCAAUGCCAAGGACCUGGAGAGGUAUAAGAACGUGACACUUCGGUGUUUCUACGAUUUUUGGAAACACAGCCAAAGUGCCGAUUUCAGUUACCUUCCAGAGGAUGCUAGGAAGGCCGAGCUAGCCCGCUGCGCUCUCAGUUGGCUGCCGAAGAGAGAGCUAGGGUCCCUGCUUCCCCAAACAUUCUGCCGGCCACCGGAGUGGAGGGAGGAGAAGCUGCAGGAGACGUGGUCGAUCAGAAUGCUUCACAGGAUCCUCCUGCUCCUCAAGCUCCAUAAAGUUUUUUCUUUUGUUUUUCCUUAAUUACAAGACCUACGGGUCGUGAUGUAAAGACUGAUUUCUUUUUAAUUUUGCUGCAUGGGCAACAUAUUUUCCUUUUACUUUUGAACAAUUACAUCCAAGCAGUACUGCUUGCGGUGUAAAAGAAUUCCCUUUGAUAUUAUAAUAUUUCUGCUUAUUAUAACA